GGCCAGGCAGACAAGGCCAGACAGUGCGCCUUGCGAACACUGCGCAAAUGGGGCUCUCCAUGGACCGCAGCCCAUACUCCCGCACGGGGGACCAGCAGCGCGGCUGCUGGUACUACCUGCGCUAUUUCUUCCUCUUCGUGUCGCUCAUUCAGUUCCUUAUCAUCCUGGGCCUGGUCCUCUUCAUGAUCUAUGGCAAUGUGCACGCCACCACCGAGUCCAGCCUGCGCGCCACGGAGAUCCGCGCCGACAACCUGUACAGCCAGGUGGUGGGAUUAUCGGCCUCACAGGCUAACCUGAGCAAACAGCUGAACAUCAGCUUGCUUGUCAAGGAAACGGUCAUGCAGCAGCUGUUGACCACGAGGCGUGAGAUGGAGCGCAUCAACGCCAGCUUCCGCCAGUGCCAAGGCGACCUGAUCACCUACAUAAACUAUAAUCGGUUCAUCGCCGCUAUCAUCCUGAGCGAGAAGCAGUGCCAGGAACAGCUGAAGGAGGUCAACAAGACCUGCGAAGCCUUACUCUUCAAGCUGGGAGAAAAAGUUAAGACACUGGAGAUGGAGGUGGCCAAGGAGAAGGCAGUGUGCUCCAAGGACAAGGAGAGCCUGCUGACAGGAAAGCGGCAGGCGGAAGAGCAGCUGGAGGCCUGUGGCAAAGCGCGCGAAAGGCAACAGCAGGAACAGCAGGUGACCGAGGAGAACCUGCGCAAGGUGCAGUCCCUGUGCAUCCCACUGGACCAGGAGAAGUUCCAGACGGACGUGCUGAAUGUGUGGCGGGACUCGCUGAUCUACCGUACCUUGGAAACCCUGCCCUACCACUACCAGAUGAUGCCCGAGUAUGCGUCCCUCCGUCGGACCUGCGAGAGCCUGCCCGGGAUCAUGAGCACCAAGAUAGAAGAGCUGGUCCGCGGGCUGCGCUCCGGCAUUGAGCGCGUGACCCGUGAGAAUGCAGAACUGCGGCGCCAGAAGUUGGAGCUAGAGCGCGCGGCACAGGGCGCGCAGGAGGCGCGGACGCGCGCCGGGACCGAGGCGCAGGCGCGAGAGACCCAGCUACGGGCGGAGUGCGCGCGCCAGACGCAGCUGGCGCUGGAGGAGAAGGCGGCGCUGCGCGCGCAGCGGGACAACCUGGAGCGCGAGCUGGAGGCGCGUAAGCGGGAGCUGGAGCAACUGCGCACCGAGGUGGAUGUGCGCAUUAGCGCGCUGGACACCUGCGUCAAGGCCAAGUCGCUGCCAGCCGUCCCGCCGAGAGCCCCAGGCCCACCCCCGAACCCUCCACCCAUUGAUCCAGCUAGCCUGGAGGAGUUCAAGAAAAGGAUCCUCGAGUCCCAGCGGCUCCCUGUAGCCAACCCUGCUGUCCCACCCAGCGGUUGAGGAUCCAGCUGCCGCAGGACGCUGGGCGCCAUUAUCGCCCACUUGUGGAUGGGGGCAGCCAGGUGCCCACAGUGCUAGACACCCGCUGUGCCCGCCGGCAACCUCCACCCCCACACCUCCUCUGGCCACCCCUUCACUGUCCCCUGCACCCCGCCAUCCCCCAGACACUGGAUUUAAGGCACACACAGCUGUGAGAUGACUUCACAUCGAUCCCUUGUGCAGUGUGACCUGGAUGUCGUUCCACCCACACAUGAAGCACCCACAGCUCAGCUGCCACCCUAGGCAACUCCUCCGGUUUCCUAUCACUCUGCUCCUGACCCGGGAGGUGAGAACAGGAAGCCCAGCCUUCAGCUCCCUCAGGAGUUUCCAGCCUCCCUCUUAGAGGCCUCUAGGGUUUCCAAAUCCUCCUUGAGAGUCUCCAGGCCUCCCCUGAAGGGGUCUAGCUGCCACGCCCUGCUUCCCAGGAUUUUUAUUAGGUUUUAAAGUCUUUUCCAGAGUCUGCUGGUUCCCCUCCUCCUCACAAGGAAGGGCCUCAAUUGUGGAUGAGAGUUCCCUGUGGAUCUUAGAACCCUAGAGGGAGGCUACCCACCAUCAGUCUUGCUUGUAGCCCCUAAAGAUAUUACUGGCACAUAAUAAAUAACAUGAAAGUCCUUUGAAGACUGGUUUGUA